UGCUGCUGCUACUACUACUAUUCUCUCUCCACUGCAUCGUGACCAUGGCAGACUCUGCUAUUGCCCCAGAUCCCACUUCUACAAACUUCAUCAAAGCCUCAUGCCGAGCCACCCGCUACCCCAUCCUCUGUGUCCAGUGCCUCUCAAGCUAUGCCAGUCAAAUCCAACAAAGCCCGAAACAACUCGCUGAUGCAGUGUUGGCGGUGAGCUUAUCCAAGGCUCAAUCAACAGCAGUGUUCGUGUCAAAAAUGACCCAAGUCUCGGGUAUUAAGCCCAGAGAGUACCAAGCUGUGAAAGACUGCAUUGAAAACAUGGGAGAUACGGUGGACCAGCUCAAAAAAUCGAUUCCAGAGCUCAAUCAGAUUGGUCGAGCCGGGGGUCAGGACUUCAUGUGGCACAUGAGCAACGUUCAGACGUGGGUCAGCGCUGCGCUCACCGACGAGAACACUUGUGUCGAUGGGUUUUCAGGGCCCGACAUGGAUGGAAAUGUGAAGGCUAGUAUUAAGAGAGAGAUCAUUGCUGUUGCACAAGUGACUAGCAAUGCUCUUGCUUUGGUUAAUCGGUUCGCGACUCGACACCGAGCUUCUGGAACUAAGAACAUGCCUUAAGGUUUAGUUUGAGAUCUCAGAAUGAUGGUUGUGUAAUUAUAUAUGUACUGUGAAGUUUGUAAUAUGUUUCCAGUUCUAUCCAUGGAAAUGGAUUAAUUUUGUUGUUCUCUGGCUUUUUUCCUGUAAAUGUUACUAUGUUUUGUCCAACUAAGGUUUGGUAUGUCUUGUAUGAUAUCUUGUCUCAAGCUUGGUUCAAUCUCUCUGUCUCUCUCUCUCCCUCUCCCCAAAAUGAUAUGACUUGGGGUGUGUUUGGUGCUUGGAUUUGGGGUGGG